CGCUACAGGAUUUCAGAUCUGUGAGACUGCUACAGCGCAGCAAUGGGACUACAGCACACCAUGGCUUUGUAAAAAUAAAUACGUGUAAUACGUGAAAUACUAUUACUACUACUACUACUACGACUAAUAAUAAUAAUAAUAAUAAUAAUAAUAAUAAUAAUAAUAAUAAUAAUAAUAAUAAUAAUGACGAUUCUAAAAUACAUUUAAUACACUGAAUAGUCAUGUGGGAGCUCCGAUGUGAAGAUCUAUAACGUUGAAAACCCAAAAGGAAAUACCACUUUCUAUUAUAUUUUAGUUAUUUUUUCUACGUCGGUGGAUGCAAGUAUGAACAGUCAGACGCGAUAUUGCGCUGGGUGUUGGAAGUUUACACUGCUGUCCAUCGUUUUCAUUCUGCACUUGAUUCCUCUGUGUGUGCAUGGAGGCUUAUUGGAAGGCAACACGACCUUAACAGAUAACAAAAACAAUGAUACAUCACUCUGCUUGGGAUGCAGAAGCAGUUCCAGCUCUGGAGCCAAGGCUGAAGAACCUUUGUUGCGGGAUCACAAAGAAGGGGGCCCAGAGGCCUCCACUGGCUCAAGUUGGCCGACUGCCGGAGAGGCCUUUGUCUGGGGCUUAUGGGGCACAAAGGAGCUGGGGGAGACCUCCAUCCCCCUUCCCCGAGAAAGCCAGGAAGAGCUGGGUAGUGGCGACCAGCUCUUCAAACCCUCGGCCAGCACUUCUUUUGGGGCGAGCUCCACCACUGCCCUCUUGAGGCAAGAUGCCACCACCAUAGGUGUGAUGAGCAGCACUGAGAUCAGCCAAGACUCAGCAGAGAAGGAGCACCUGAUUGAAGUGUUUGGGGACUCCAUCGGCGCUGGAGCCGAGCCCAGCAAAAACAGAGACAUCCAGAGCCUGCCGACCCCUAACACUACUGAGAUCCGUCUGGAUUUCAAAGGGGAUGAGCAAGUGAUGCUCUGGGGUGGCCACACAGACUCCCCUGCGCAAGAAGCUGAGGGGGACCUGGAUUUCACUUUAUUGGAUCUGGGCAUGAAGUUUAGAGCCCAGCCAGCCACCACUCCUAUCACAGACACCCUGGCAACCACAGAUAUUCUCAGCGUGGACUAUUAUGACCCUUUCGCGGAUUUGGACCUGGGAGACGCUCCAUUGCCCAAGACAUCCUCUGUGUCAUCGGCCCGUGAGGUGCUUGGUGAGCCCUCUUCCUGGACCCUCCCUGAAGACUAUUUCACUCCCUAUGAUGAUUCCUACCCCUCCACUACAGAGGUGUACCCUGAAGAGGACGAAUACAUCAAAUCUGACCUGGAGGAUGAGAGUGACUACCGGCUCACCACUGUGCCUUCUGACCCGUGGAUCCUGCUCCAGGACAGGGGCACGCUGCCCCCCCAGCCUGGCCUGGACCCCCGUUCUGAGUCCAUUGUCACGGAGGAUGUGCAGCCCAGUGGCUCCGAUGAAGAUGAGGCAGGCCAGGCUGUCACACAGCUGCCUUCUGGUCAGGGCCCCAACGUCAACAACAACAACAGCUCGGAGUGUCGGAUGGGGUACGUCAAGCACAACUUCACAUGCAAGUCUGUCUGUGACAUCUUCUCCAGCUACUGCUUGAAUGGAGGCCAGUGCUACCUGGUGGAGAACACAGGAGUCUUCUGCAGGUGUAACACGCAGAACUAUAUCUGGCACAAGGGGGCUCGCUGUGAGUCUGUGAUCACGGAGUUCCAGGUGAUGUGCAUCACGAUUGGAGCUGCUGCUGUCAUGGUGCUGCUGCUCUUCAUGAUCACUGUCUUCUUCGCCAAAAAGCUGCACCUGCUCAAGACAGAGAACUACAAACUACGCAAGCGCUCUAAGUACCGUCCUCCCUCGGAACAGCACAAUGAUAAUUUCUCACUGUCGACCAUCGCUGAGGGCUCCCACCCAAAUGUAAGGAAACUGUGCGACACCCCAUCUAACCUCCCUCAGGCCCGUGCUUUGGCUUACUAUGAUAACAUUAUCUGUCAGGACGACCCGAACGCACAGAACAAAUUGGAGGACCCAGUGAAUGUGUCUCCCAAGGAGGACGACGCACUCAACAUCCAGAACUCCCUGACACCCAAACACGAAAACAACAAGUCAGCUGAGUGUGAGGAGAACUCCGAGGUAAACUCUCUUCAGAACAACAUGAUGUAAAUGCACAACAGUGACAGCAUACAAACUGCAGCACCACAGACUUUUUACAACGGUACAAACUCGUCUUUUUAUGUUUCACCCCCCAUCCCCCUCCCCCUCCCCCUCCCCCUCCCCAAGCCUUACUAAUUUAAUGGCAUGCAUUAGUGUAUUUUAUAUACAUUUUUAAAAACAAAAAGAAUUACAGAAGUUUGAUGUUUGUUUGACUAAUUCAGUGAGUAUCUAUAAAAAUAUAUAGUAUAUAUGAAAAAAGCAAACUUGCUCGGAGUGAUAAAAAAAAAACGUGUCUUUGUUUUUAUUGAUGUGAUUUCUAAUCCUUUGAUGUAUUUCAAUUUUUUUGUAAUUUUUUGGGAAUACAAAAACAAACGAAAAAAAAUCAAGGCAGUUAUGAAAUAAAACUUUUUUAACAUUAAAAGCUUGAGCCCACU